CAAAACAAGACACAGUCAAAGAAACAAGCAGUCGUUUGAAAGUCCCAGAAUCGGAAGCAUUUAAGAGGAACUAAAAAGCCUAGACACUAUACAAAUACAUCCUGUAUAUCUUAAAAAUAUAUGUGUGUCGUGUAUAAAUCUUCAGUUAUUUGACAAACGUUUAUUAAUAUAAAUAAUAGUUAUAGUUUGAUAUGUGAAGUGAAUCCUAAACAAUGAAUCAUAAGGUUUAUUAUGUGGUUGCAUCCGCCCUUAUCGCGAUUACGUUACAAACCACAGAUUUCCAGGACAAUCUUAUAAAUGGCUACAGAACUCUUAUAGCCGAUAUCCAAUCAAGGACGCAAAAAUCCCGAGAGGACAUGGACACCUUAGUGUCACAAAUAAAACUAUUAAUGAAAAAUGAAGCUGACAAAGCUAUUAAUUACAUGACUGUCUAUCUCGAACAAAUAUCCCUAUAUUUCCAGGUAAUAAUUCACGACCGUAAACCUCGGAAUGGUACUUAUUGUAAAGAGAGCAUUGUGAAACUGUUGGGAGAGAAUUUGCAACUGGCGGAUGAAAAUGUAACGUUAUGUCUUGCAUUGGGAUACCAGAGAGUACAACGUUUGCCAGAAAAGUUACAAGUACACUUCGAAACUUUGGAAAACCUCAAGAAAUAUUCUGCCUCCAAAUUAUUCGAAUGUCAGAAACAACAACAAGUGGGCGGCAACUGUUCUCACGAGAGCCAGGAUCUCGAAAGGACUGUGUUCCUUUAUGAAACAUCUCCGUUUCCCGUCGUGAUGGCUGAAAUAGCAAUACAUGGAUUUAAAGAGGUUUCAGAUCUUAGUGUGUGUCUUAAAGAUAUUAUCUCAAGAAUGAUGACGCAUUCCGUAAAAGUGAUUGGAGAUUUCAACAGAUGUAUCCACAACAUAGAAAUGCCAAAACUUAAAUAUUUAUUGAAAUUCAUGAAGAAAUAUGCCUAAUAACAAUUCAAUUAUCAAUGAUUUUUGGUUCUGGAACUAACAUAAAAAAGAAAAAUUUACAAACGAAUUUAAUCAUUAUAAAAAUUGUUUUUAAACUUUAACAACAUUAUAACAAUUUGAAAACACCUCUCUUUCGAUGAAGAUGUAUGGGUUUUACGUUUUUUAUUCCCACAAUUAAUUUAAUGUGAAUUCUUAAUAAAAUUUAAAUUAAA